GCAGCUCGUUCCAGGCGGCUGGGACCAUGGGACUUCUGUGGACACGUGUCCUCGGAUGAAAGGGCCUCCCUCCAUUCGGGCUGCACAGGGGUGCGGCUGUGAUUGUAGGGCGUCUCUGCCCAGUGGCUGCUGUGAUUUGAGAUCCCUGGGUGUCCUGGGUGGCUGACUCUGGGCGCUGCGGAUGGGAUGGCCGGGUGCAGCCUCUCCCAGAGGCUUCGGGCCUUGGGGGCCUUGGCUGGAGCCGCCCUCCUCUUCACCCUGUGGCUCCUGUGGCAACUUGGGCCGGCCCCCGCGAGGGUCCCCGCGCCCCCGCGAACGCUCCUCAUCCUCGUCUGGCACUGGCCCUUCGCCGACCAGCCCCCCGAGCUGCCCAGCAACACCUGCACCCGCUACGGCGUGGCCCACUGCCACCUGAGCACCAACCACAGCCUGCUGGCCAGCGCGGACGCCGUGGUCUUCCACCACCGCGAGCUGCAGACCCGGCGGGCCCACCUGCCCCUGGCCAGCCGGCCGAGGGGGCAGCCCUGGGUGUGGGCCUCCAUGGAGUCGCCCAGCCACACCCACGGCCUCGGUCGCCUCGGCGGGAUCUUUAACUGGGUGCUAAGCUACCGGCGAGACGCCGAUAUCUUCGUGCCCUAUGGCCGGCUGGAGCCCCACGAGGGCCCCGCGCCGCCCCUGCCGGCCAAGAAGGGGGUGGCGGCCUGGGUGGUCAGCAACUUCCAGGCGCGGCAGCAGCGCGUGCAGCUGUACCGGCGGCUGGCGCCCCACCUGCGCGUGGACGUGUUCGGCCGCGCCAACGGGAAGCCGCUGUGCGCCAGCUGCCUGCUGCCCGCCGUGGCCCGGUACCUCUUCUAUCUGUCUUUCGAGAACUCACAGCACCGAGACUACAUCACCGAGAAGUUCUGGCGCAACGCACUGGCAGCCGGGACGGUUCCCGUGGUGCUGGGGCCCCCGAGGGCCAACUACGAAGCCUUUGCACCGGCUGACGCCUUCGUGCACGUGGACGACUUCGGCUCGGCCCAGGAGCUGGCCUCCUUCCUGGCUGGCAUGAACGCCAGCGGCUACCGGCGCUACCUGGCCUGGCGGGACCGGCUCCGAGUGCGGCUGUUUGAGGACUGGAGCGAGCGCUUCUGCGCCGUCUGCGCCCAAUACCCCCACUUGCCUCGAGGCCAGGUGUACUGGGACCUCAAGGCCUGGUUCCAGGCCUGAGCUCUGGCCCCACGAGGAGGAGGCUGAGGAGGGAGGCUGGGCGCCGGUGGUGGAGGUGGAAGGGCUGGGUGUUGAAAUCAAACCACUGGGCAUCCGGCCCCCACAGGCCAUCAGGAUCGUGCAGAGGCUGGGUUAGAAACUGGAAAGCAGAGGUCAGGUGGGAGUGGGCUGGUCCGGGCAGACUGCCUAGAGAAGGAGGCUGGCGGGCACUGGAGCAGGCACUGGGGGGUGAAGGUGAGAGUGGGAGAGAGUUAGUGGAGGUGCAUGGGGCGAGUUGAUCUAAGAUACAGGCUCCCAAGGACCUCCGAGGACCUCCCUCCCCACCUUGAUAAAACCCCAAUGGGAUCGGCUGUCCCAGACACCAGCUGGGAGAGGCCAGGGGUUGGGCCCUCCUGCAGUCUGGAGGGGAAAACUCUGAGCCCCCAAACCUCCUCUGUCACCGAGGUCCCUUGGCUUGGGCCAUGCAGGUACAUCACCCACACCCUGCACUGUGCUGGAGCCGGGCCUGGGGACGCCAGGACAAGCCAGACUGUCUGCAUCUCUGGGAGGGACAGCGAUCAGUAAAGAAAGGGAGGACAAGAA